AUGAUUAUUAAAUCUCCAUGCANUGGUGUCUUUUUAUUUGAGAACAAAGAAUUUGGGGCUAGGAAGAAAGUUAUGAUAAAAAUAUUUUAACAAUUAAAAGAGAUACAGGAGAAUUAACCCGAUAAAACACACUUAUUUCCUUAUUGUAAAAUUUACAUUCAGAAUUUUCGCAAUUGGUAAUUCACAAAAUAUAUUGGUACCAUAAAUUAGAAAUUAACAGUCUUCAUUUUUUAGUUUUAUGAAGAUUUUCUGUAUUUCAUUUUUAAUAGUAAUAAAAUCGUGGGAAUUUCCUAUAUUGGAAAUUCACAAACAAAUUAAUGUUUAUUGAGAUUCAAAUAACAGCCUGCAUAUAAAACACAAUCGGAAAAACUUAAAAAUUUAAAAACAGAACUGGGCUUUCACCAAUCUAUGGACUUUCAUAUUGAAAAGAAGAGAAAAAAUUAGAAAGAUGCUUAGAAGAAUAAUGAAUGUAAGAAGAAAUAGUUAUACUUUUAGUGAAGUAUAAUGCAAUUGAUGACUGA